CCGGCGCAGCGAGUGCAGGUGCCGGGUGAGGUCCGGACCGGUGGAGAGAGAGCGCCUCGCACGGAGGCGGUGAGCGCGGAGGACAGAGGACGGCUCACAGAGGACUGGUCAUGGUGCUCCGGUGGGCGAUGGCAGCCGCGCUGCUGGCAGUGGCCAUGGGCUGCGGUUUCCCCGGCGCGCCGGCUCACAGCACAGUGACCUUCUCAUCGGACUCGAUCGGGCCCGGUACCGUGGCCACCUACAGCUGCGACCGAGGCUUCGAGCUGCUCGGGCCGGCGCGUAAGGAGUGUCAGGGCAACAGCACCUGGACACCAGCCGGCAUCCCCUUCUGUGUGAUUAACGUGGCAGCAGGGAAAGCGCCGAUGCAGUCGUCGACGGCGCAGGGCGGCAUCCCACAGAAGGCCGUGGACGGCAGCACCAGCGGCUUCUUCAACCCCAAGACGUGCACGCUGACGGAGCAGGAGACGUCGCCGCUGUGGUACGUCAACCUGCUGGAGCCCUACAUGGUGCAGCUGGUGCGGCUCGACUUCGGCAGGUCCUGCUGCGAAAACAACGUGCCUGCGACAGUAGUGGUCCGAGUGGGCAACAACCGACCGGACCUGAAAAUCAACCCGAUCUGCAACCGAUUCACUGGAUUUCUGGAGGAGGGUCGGCCGCUGUUCCUGCCGUGCAACCCUCCGAUGCCGGGCGCGUUCAUAUCGGUCCACCUCGAGGGACCGCCGGGCCAGAUGCUCUCCAUAUGCGAGGCCUUUGUCUACACCGAUCAGGCCCUGCCAAUCGAGCGGUGUCCCCAGUUCCGUGAUCAGCCGCCGGGCAGCACGGCCACCUACAACGGCAAGUGCUACACCUUCUACAACCAGCAGCCGCAGAGGUUCUCCGAGGCACAGGAAUUCUGUCAGAGCCGCGGCGGGACCCUGAUCGACGAGACAAACCCGGCGCUGCAGGGAUUCCUCAGCUGGGAGCUCUGGAGGCGGCACAGGGAGGACCCGAACGGCCAGUACUGGAUGGGCGCCGUCCGGGACCCGCAGAAUCCGGCCAACUGGAAGUGGAUCACCGGACAGGACCUCGGCGUCAGCUUCUGGAGUCUGCCCGGGGGUCAGGAGAACUGUGCCCGGUUUGAUGGUACAAAGGACUGGCUCUGGUCAGACACCAACUGCGACAUGCGGCUCAACUUCAUCUGCCAGCACCAGCCUCUGACGUGUGGCAAGCCGGAGCAGCCGCCCAACUCGACCCUGAUCGCGCCCGACUUUAACGUGGGCAGCACGAUCUCGUACCGGUGUGAGGACGGACACCUGCUGUCCGGCCCCGAGGAGCGCCAGUGCCUGGAGACGGGCUUCUACAGCGCCUACCCGCCCACCUGCAAAAACCUGCAGUGCGGAAUGCCGGCCGAGAUCCGACACGGCCGCUACAGCCUGGUGAAUGGCACGCGCGGCUACCUCUCCAUGGUCGUGUACGAGUGUGACCAGGACUUCGUCAUGGUCGGACGCAACGAGCUCAUCUGCGACGUGGAUGAGCGCUGGAGCGGCCCGCCGCCCCGCUGCGAGCCCGUGUUCUGUAAGGAGCCGCCUGCAAUUCUGAACGGCGGGUUCCGCGUGUCGACCAACUCGACUAUCGUGGGCACGCUGGUCGAGUACUACUGUCUGGAUGACCGGUUCACGCUGACGGGACCGAGCACACUGCGCUGUAUGCGAGACGGCACCUACAACCAGGAGCCGCCCGUGUGCCGAGAGACAGUUCUACCGACCACGGACAGUGCACGGACAGUAGCGACUGCUACCCCCACCUCCGGACUGCUUCCCACCGAGCCUGGCCUGCCCUCCCCCACCUCCGGACUACUUCCCACCGAGCCCGGCCUGUCCUCCCCCACCUCUGACCUGAGCUUCCCCACCGAGACUGGACAGGCCUCUGACCUGUCCUUCCACACCGUCCCUGACCUCUCCACUCCUACCGACCCCAGUCUGACACUAGACGACCUGUACGUGGAAGAUCCCCUGGCUCUGGCCGCCUCUAACACCGCCAACGAGUACGUCCGACCAUCAGCCCCCGGUCGGAGGCGCCUAUCUCGUCCCGGCCUCCGUCCCCUCCCCGGUCUCCGGCGACCCCGCCCGACCAGCCCCGCCGACUACCGAAACCCAUUCUACGACGACACGACAUACGCUGACACGACAUACGCAGACACGACAUACGCAGACGCGACAUACGAGACGGACGGUCCGACGGCGCUGACUGAAGUGCCGACGACAUUGCCGCCGUAUACGGUACUGCCCGGAGACAGGGUGGUGGUUAAAGACGUCAACGGAGAGAAGCGGCGCAAGGUCUUCAUUUUUAGACAGAGGUCCACCACUCCCGCGGAGGAGGAGGGUGGCGAGCCUACCACUUAUAGACCCAUUGUAUGGCCCACAGAGGAGGUAACAGCUGACGAGUCAUCGGAGCGUCGCACAAAGUCCUCUGUGCAGAGUGAGACUAACAGAGCUAUUGUGAGGGUCAGAGAAAGAACUACUGAGCGUCCCAUUUUCACAACUACGAGAACACCCACAGAACAGCUUACUGAACAGCCUAAGAAGGCGACCACGGAGGAGUUCACCUCCACAACCGAGGAGGAGUCGAAUCAGGACGAGUCGGCUCCCUCCCGGCGACUGAGUCUGAUCCGGAACCGACUCCGGGGCGGACUCCGGCGGAGGACGGACUCGGUUUUCCGCCCGGACCGGCGGCCGGACUCUCCGCUGCGGCCGGGUAGGCCCAGCCGCCUCCGUCCGCAGCUGCCAGCCGCCGAGCCCGAUAUCACCACUCCUCCGGCAGAGCCUGAGGUCAGCGAGACGCCAGCCACUCCAGCGUCCUCCUCCCCCGCGCGGCCGAGCCUGGCUUUCAGUCUGGGUCAGACGCGCCGCCGGAGGCCCCGUCCGCGUCCCUCGGGCAGCACUUUCACCUUCCCCCGAAGACCGGCGCCAGAACUCAGCCGUCCGGCGGUCGUCAACGGCGCUGACUCCGAGACGGUGACCUUUGUGGAGACAACGGCAGAGGACACGCGUUCAGUGACCCCUGCGGAGCCCACUGCGGGGUCGACAGAAGAGCAGACGGCGGCGCCCACCCAGACCACAGAGGGAUCUACCACCCGGCGGGUGACGGUCAGUUUGAGUCCGGACGGAGGACCGACCGUGACCUUUGAGAGCAAAUAUGUCACCACUCCGAUGCCCGCCGCUGAGGCUGACGAGUCUGAUGUUCCGGAGCUUGGAGACAGACGGACCUCGGGCAGACGGCCGUUUGGGGACACGCUGCGCAGGAGGAAGUAUCGCCCAACGCUGCCUGUGAGGAGGAUCUCGAGCUCCAGCCAGCCGAAACUGGUGGUGGUGCUCAAACCGAGGCCCGAUCAGUCCGAGUCCGUCUCUGCCGACACAGUCCCUCCUUCAACAGCGGGGACUGAAGAGAUCACCACUAGCUCACAGGAGGUACCCACUGAAAGAAUCUUACACACUAAAACUACACCAGAUGAACCACUCACAGCUACCACUCCGUUCCACAGCACCACAGAGAUCCACACCAGCACCACAGAGAUCCCCACCAGCACCACUCCUCCUCCAGCCCUCAGCGGCGCUCCCUCCGCCGGAGCCACUUCUCCCCGAGCUCCUGUGCCCUCGGCCACCCUGCGGCCCCCUCAGCGGCCGGUGGUCGUGUUCUCCCCCACCGAGUCGCCCUCCCAAGCUGAGCCCGCGUCCCCUGCAGCCGGCGACACUGUGGCCGUGGCCGCCGCGCCCGGAGUGAUCAGCUUCGGCCGGCCCGAAGAGAACGAGAUCCCCGACACGGUCAACAUUCAGCAGAACGCGCCGGGCGUCAGCGAGCCGGACAACACGCUGGGCGAGCGCUCCACCGGACCCAAACUGCACAUGGGCGGGAUCAUCGCGCUGAGCGUCUUCGGCGGGUUCGUGUUCCUGGCUGCUGUCGUCACGACGAUCGUUAUCCUCAUCAGAAGGAACCGCGGUUACCCUCCGCGUCGCGCGCACGCUAACGCUAACUCAAGCAGCUACUCGACGGAGUCCGAGACGCACGGCCUCAACAAGUACUACAAGCGCGCGUGGGAGAACCUGCAGUCGAGUGGCCGCCACAACGCGGCAAAGGAGGGCGGCUCCAAGUCGCGCGGAGAGCCCACCAUGCGCUCGGAAAUGUACCGCGACGCCAGUGAGCUGACCGUGGCUGAUGUGGCGCACAUGUACCGCGGCGGCGACGAUAAGCGGCGCCACCACCACCAUCACCACCGGCACCAUAAGGAGGAGCGCGACAGCCGAUCGGCGCGCCACUCCAGGAAGUAGGCGCCGACGGUGGCGCCGCCUCGCAGCGAGCGGCGACGUGCGCGACAUCUAUACGCGGUUAGCAGUGCUACCUUGCGGGCGAAUUGCGAAACACAGUCUGUCGUGAUGAAGCGCGUGAUGCCACGUUAUGACCUGUGAAAGGAUAAGUUUUGUUUUGCCGCGGAGAGCCCAAAACAGGGUUGGUAGAAACUAAAUCAAUGCUUGGGUAAGACCCAAAUGAUUCGUCUAUGUCGGAUGUACUGCACUGCACUCUGUUUCGAUCCGAAUAUCUCGUAGGCACUAGAUCAGCACGGCAUCACAUGGCGCUGCGUUCCCAGUCGCGUCUUGAAAGCUAGCAUCCGUGAGAUACUUGGCCCUACCUGCGCUUGUAACUCAGAUAGGGCUGACAUUGUCACGUUGUUGAUUUGUUACGUACUAGCGGUUGCACCUUACCGCGAAGAAACUGCACAGCACCGUACACUUUAGUAUUGUUGACAGAGGGAAAGAAGCUGACUAAGCCAAAUGUAAUGGCGCAUUAAUAGGUAUGUUUUAUCGGUGCAAGGUUGACAUUGUUUGCACAGCUGGGACAUGGGAAAACGGCCAUCGUUUCUCCUGUCGGGCGUGCAUGCGAUCGUUCGGCUGUUGUUUUCGACGUUUGCCGAAAUACGAUCGACAUUGUCUCUGUUGACCAUUUAAUCAGGUUGGUAAAUGCUGCCGGGUCAGCUAUAACAUUACCGCUGAAACCAGUUAUUGUUGUAUAUAUUUGUGAUAUUGUAUUCGUAUUAGGAGCGUGUGAUUUGCUGUUUUGUUUGGCGCGACUGCAAUGGACGAAUGUUUGAGUGUAACUGUUUAUUAUUUAUUGCAAAUGGAAGUGAAAUGUGGAGACUUAGUUAAGAUAAAAAUGAAAGAUAAC